AUGUCCACCUUUAUAGCCCUGCUCUGUCUGGGAAUGACUCUGUGUCCUGGGACGCCAGUGCUGACAGGAACCCUGCCUAAGUCUAUACUAAGAGCACAGCCAGAUACUGUGGUCUCCAAGCAGACUAACGUGACCUUAUUGUGUGAGGGUAUGAAAGGAGCCAAAGAGUUCCAUAUCUACAGAGAUGGAGUUCGAUAUACUCAGUUCACACAGACUCUACUAAAGCCUGAGAACAAGGCUGAAUUCUCCAUCUCAAACAUUGACCAGAACCAUGCAGGGAGAUAUCAAUGCUGCUAUCAGACCCAUGAUGGAUGGUCAGACUACAGUGACACCUUGAAGCUGGUGGUGACAGGAGAACACAGUAAACCCAGUCUGUCAGCCCAGCUCAGCCCAGUGGUGACCUCAGGAGGAAAUGUCACCCUCCAGUGUGACUCACGGCAGCGACAUGACAGGUUUGUUCUCAUUAAGGAAGGACCACAGAAGCUCUCCUGGAUACUGGACUCACAGUAUAACUUCUCUAAUAGACAAUACCAGGCCCUGUUCUUUGUGGGUCCUGUGACCUCCAACCAAAGGUGGACAUUCAGAUGCUACAGCUUUGACAGAAACAGACCACUGGUGUGGUCAGAACCCAGUGAUCCACUGGAACUCCUGGUUUCAGGGACCCUCCACAAACCCACCAUCAAGGCUGAGCCAGGUACUGUGAUUGCCUACAAAAGUGCCAUGACCACCUUGUGUCAGGGGAGCCGGGAUGCAGAAUUGUAUACUCUUCAUAAACAGGGGAUCCCAAAGCCCUGGGUCACAAGGUCCCCAGAGAAGCCUAGAAAAAAAAAGGCCAAUUUCUCCAUCCCUUCUGUGACAGAGAAACAUGUGGGAAUAUAUCAAUGUUACUAUUACAGCAUGGCAGGCUGGUCAGAUCACAGUGACACCCUGGAGAUUGUGGUUACAGGGCUGUCCAAGAAGCCCACCCUGCUGACUCACCAAGGCCAUAUCCUGAAUCUUUCAAAGAAUCUCACCCUACAGUGUUCCUCUGAUAUCAACUAUGACAGAUUUGCUUUGUAUAAGGUGGGAGGAAAUGACUUCACCCAGGACCAUGGCCAGUGGACUCAGGAUGGUCUCUCCUUUGCCAACUUCACACUGGGCUCUGUGAGUAACUCUACUGGUGGCCAGUACAGAUGCUACGGUGCACACAACCUCUCUUCUGAGUGGUCAGCCUCCAGUGACCCCUUGGACAUUCUGAUCACAGGACACUUUCCUGUCACUCCUGUUCUCUCAGUGAAGCUUAACUCAACACUACCUCCAGGAGACUAUGUGACGCUUCUGUGUUGGUCAAGAAACCCCGUGGACACUUUCAUUCUGUACAAGGAGGGAAAAGUCCAUCAACCUCAGCGACAAAAAGCAAUGUUCCAAGAUUCGCAGUACCAGGCAGAAUUCACCCUGAGUGCUGUGACCUCUGCUGUCUCAGGAAGCUACAGGUGCUAUGGUUCUCAAAACUCAUCGCUAUACCUGUUGUCAUAUGCCAGUGCCCCCGUGGAGCUCAUCGUUUCAGGACCCACUGAAGCAUCCAGCCUGCCACCAUCAAAGUCCCUGCCACCAUCACAGCCCAUGCCAACACCUGGACUGGAAAACUGCCUAAUGGCUCUGGUUGGAGUGUCUGUGGCCUUCCUCUUGUUACCAUUCAUCCUCAUCUUCCUCCUUCUCCUACAAAGGCAACAGGGAAAAUUCAGAAAGAAAGCCAAGAAAAAGACAGAAUUCCACGUUCCUGCAGGGGCUGCAGAGCUAGUAAUCAGAGAUAGGGGCCCCCACGAGAGAUCAAACAGAGCUGCUGCCACCCAGGAAGAAAGCCUUUGUGAGAUAAAGAGGGUCCUAGGGAUGGAAACAUCUAAAAACUCAGCAUUGCAGGGGUGGUGGAGAGGCUCUGGGGUCUUUGCUGAUGCUUCAGUGGAGGACAUACAACUUGAGGAUGGUGUGGAACUGCACAGUUGGUUUGUCUUUGUUAAAAUCCACCUGCAGGAAUUCAGAACCUGGCACCAGCCCCUGGCCAUCAUCAGUUCCCCUGAUUCCGAAAGCAGCCCCACCGCUGGAGGAGGCAGUGGCUGCCCUUCCCUGAGCCUUUUUGUCUUCUCUCUUUCCUAUACAGGGGCGAAAGAUACCCAGAAUCCAGGCACCUCCGGUUCUUCCUGA